CUUAAAAUGUGCUCACAUUGUUUUCAUUUAUUUGAUUUUCAGUCACUUCUAAGGUCCUUAUGUAGGUGCUUAAAUUGAAAAUUGACCAGAAGGAGAAAUAUUUGCUCACAACUGAAUUAAUAAUUUGUGAGUGAAAGUAUAAGACAACUAAUCUGGGAUAAUCAUACAUACUGUUAAUUGAAUAUUUAAAUCCUGUACAAUUCACUGCUUUUACAAAUGUUUUAACUACCAAUAGAAAUGUAGCUUUAUGCAGAAAUCAUAUACUAAGUUUCUCCAAAUUUUUGGCACAAAGAAUUGCACGUCCAGCAAAGUUUCUGCUGGCUUAAUAAAUAUACAGAGGUAAGCAGAGUGACCUUAGUCAUAAUGGGAUGUGGGCUGUCUUGGGUGUAUGAACGAGCCGCAGGGAAGUUUUUUUUUUUCUCCGCUUGUCAUUUCAGGGGUAUUCGUGAUGACAUUGAAGAAGAAGAUGAACAAGUGAGUGAGCCCUCCACAGUUCUUCAUCCACUACAUCGUUGAUCAGAGAGGUCUCCAGACCAAAUACUCCCUAGAAAUAUCCUCUCUAAUCCUAUAAAGCCCCCUGCCCUCUCCUCUAUCUGACCAUGAAGCCUACUUCCGCUACAUGGCAGAGAAUCCCACAGCUGGGCUGACCCAAGAGGAAGAGGAUGAAAACAUUGAUUAUGACAGUGACGGGAACCCAAUCGCCCCUACCACCAAGAAAAUCAUCCUACCACUUCCUCCCAUCGACCACUCUGAGAUUGAUUACCCACCAUUUGAGAAAAACUUCUACAACGAGCACGAGGAGCUCAGCAACCUGACUGGAACUCAAGCAUUGGAGUUGAGGCAGAAACUGAACUUGAGGGUAUCUGGUGCCGCCCCUCCAAAACCCUGUACUAGCUUUGCCCAUUUCAGCUUUGACGAGCAGUUAAUGCACCAAAUCCGCAAGUCAGAAUACACUCAGCCCACACCAAUUCAGUGCCAGGGUGUGCCCAUAGCUUUGUCCGGACGUGACAUGAUUGGUAUUGCAAAAACUGGCAGCGGCAAAACUGCAGCUUUUAUCUGGCCCAUGCUGGUUCACAUCAUGGACCAAAAGGAACUAGAAGCAGGAGAAGGGCCCAUCGCGAUCAUUGUGUGUCCCACCAGAGAGCUUUGUCAGCAGAUCCAUGCAGAAUGUAAGCGUUUUGGGAAAGCCUACUCAUUGCGUUCUGUGGCAGUUUAUGGAGGAGGCAGCAUGUGGGAGCAGGCCAAAGCUCUACAGGAGGGAGCAGAGAUUGUGGUGUGCACUCCGGGUCGUCUGAUUGACCACGUUAAAAAGAAGGCCACGUCCCUGCAGAGAGUGACAUACCUGGUGUUUGAUGAGGCAGACCGCAUGUUUGAUAUGGGCUUUGAAUAUCAGGUUAGAUCCAUCGCUAGCCAUGUCCGCCCAGACAGGCAGACACUUCUCUUUAGUGCUACUUUCCGAAAGAAGAUAGAGAGGCUUGCCAGAGACAUCUUGGUAGAUCCUAUUCGUGUGGUGCAGGGAGACAUCGGAGAGGCUAAUGAGGAUGUGACCCAGAUGGUGGAGAUGUUGCCCAGUGCCACGGACAAAUGGGGCUGGCUGACCCGACGGCUGGUCGAGUUCACGUCCUCCGGCUCAGUUCUCAUCUUCGUCACCAAGAAGGCAAACUGUGAGGAACUUGCUACUAACCUGACCCAGGAGGGCUACAGCCUGGGCCUCCUGCACGGAGACAUGGACCAGAGCGAGAGGAACAAGGUUAUCAGCGACUUCAAGAAAAAGAAUUUGCCUGUUCUGGUGGCCACUGAUGUAGCUGCUCGUGGUCUGGACAUCCCAUCCAUUCGCACAGUGGUGAACUAUGACGUGGCACGAGACAUCGACACACACACACACAGGAUUGGUCGAACUGGUCGUGCUGGAGAGAAGGGUGUGGCGUACACUCUCCUCACCAACAAAGACACUACAUUCGCCGGUGACCUCGUGAGAAAUCUAGAGGGAGCUAAUCAAGCCGUUUCCAAAGAACUGAUGGAUUUAGCCAUGCAGAAUCCCUGGUUCAGGAAAUCCCGAUUCAAGGGUGGCAAAGGAAAGAAGCCGAAUAUUGGUGGGGGUGGUCUCGGCUACAAAGAGAGACCAGGCCUGGGGGCUGACAGUUCUGAACGUAGUAGCAGCUUGAUGUCUUCCACUAGUGGCUACGAAGGCUUCAGCAAACCGGCCACUGGGGCAAUGGGUGAUCGCAUGUCUGCGAUGAAACAAGCCUUCCAGGCUCAGUAUAAGAGCCACUUUGUGGCUGCGUCCAGUGGCCCUCCAAAGCUCAGCACCAAGUCUAGCAGCUCAUCAUGCUGGACAAGUGCCGGCAGCCUGAGCUCUGUGCCGACGGAGGCCGCCAACGGUUCAGAGCGGUCCCAGGGCAUCACUAUGUCAAUGCCCGGCUUCACCAGCGCUGGCUCCCUGAGCUCAGUGCCCCCGAGUCCGAUCAGUUCACAGCAGAGUUUCCCUCCACCUGCUCCUCCCCCACAGAGAGACAGCUCACGGGAGAGACAUGCGGAGGACCGGCCGCGCCACGGUGACAGUUACCACCGCCACAGCGACAGGAGUGAUCGACACAGCGGAGAGGAUCGCCACGGAGAGCGGGAUCGCCAUGGAGACAGAGAUCGUGACCGCCACGGGGACCGGGAUCGCUAUGGCAGCGGCAGCCGCCACAGCGAUGGUCGUAACGGAGAUGGAAGCAGGAGGGACAGAGAGGAUCGGAGGAGUGAGAGGGACGGGGGAGACAGGGGAAGUGGGGAGGGGAGGGAGAGAGGUGAUGAUAGCUUUGCUGUCCCUGAACCACCGAAACGUAGAAAGAGCAGGUGGGACAACUAAAGAAAAACACAUCAGUAGAAUAAUAUGUGCAACCAACUGCUCCAUGAUGAGCUUGUCUCUUGUGCAGGCAGAUAGCAGAGCAUAUCAGAGGCUGACACAAGCACAGGACUGUUAGGGGGGGAUUUUGUGGACUUUGAAUGAAGUGUACCGACGCUCCUGUCAGGUUGGUUACGACCUCAGAGCUCAACAGAGGGUGUCAGACAGAUCAACACAAGCAGCUCAGAGACAGCCACUGUACAUAUAUACCAUUCAAGACUGUUGUAAUUGUCAAGUCAAUAGGGUCAAGCAAUAGAGCUGUAAUGAAUCCUGCUGUCAGUAAGCAAUUCAAAGUUAGGUUGUGUUGGUUGUUGUCUUGUUUCCUCUCACUGAACUCCAAACAUGCUUUUGUGCUUGCAAACGCUUAUUUUGGAUCUUUGCCAAGUGUGUUUGUGUGUUUGAAUUUUGUUAAUCUACAAAAGUUAACUGUUUCAUUUUUGAAGGCACUGUGAUGACUCACAGUCACACGUACGUGUCAAACUGUAUAGCUUUUUUGUGUCUUGUAUUCAAGUUUUAGUGAAGUGCCUUUUCUUGGCAUUUAGUCUCUAUGCUUUGAAAUGUUUUUCAAGAAAAUGCAUUUGUUUGUAUGAGAGGAAUUUCAAGUGUUCAUUCACACAUGGAAAAUGUGAAGUUUUGAUUAAAAAUACUCAUUUGGCAUCUA